AUGAAAGUCCAUUAUAUUAAUAUAUUAUUGUUUGCUUUUCCAUUAAAUAUAUUGGUAAAUACCCACAAAAAACCAUCCAUCACACCACAUCAUACACCAAAAAUACCAACUACCAGGCUAUUGUGCGAAUGCGAAUUGUUUGAACCUGCCAACUAUGAUAGUGACCCACAAAUGAGAGCUGUUAUGGAUAAUUUCAGUAAACAGACACAACAAAGGUUUCAUGAAUAUGAUGAAAGUUUGCAAAGUAAACGAAUGCAAUGUAAAGAUAAAUGCGAUAAAGAAAUCCAAAAAAUUAUUUUAAAAGACAAAUUAGAAAAACAAAUGAAACAAGAGUUAACCACAUUGGAAACAAAGAUAACCACUGACGAUAUACCUACAUGUAUUUGCGAAAAGUCUGUGGCGGACAAAAUGGAAAAAGGAUGUUUGCGAUGUGCAGGUGUAUUCAGUGGUGGUGUGGCGCCAAGUGUUGGAUUAUUAGGAGGAAUAGGUGUCUAUGGGUGGAAAAUGGGCGCUCCUACUGUGGCUAUGGAAUUAGCUAAGCAAGCUGGUAUUGAAGAAGGUGUAAAAACAGUAAUUGCACAAAUAAAGGGAAUUUCUAUUUUUAAUCCUUAUUUGGAAUCUGUUGAAUGUUCAAAAUACAUUACUAAAUUAAAUUAUGAUAAUGUUAGUGGUCUUAUGAAAGCUGUUCAGGCUGCGAUCAAAUCAACUGGAGAAACGUGCGAAGCUAAUAGUGGAGAUAUCGUGUGUGAGACAAUAUAUAAUAAGGUAGAAAGGUUUCUUCCAGUUGUACAAGCCGGUAAACAAGCUACUACUACCACAACAGAAACUGUUAAGAAUGCUGCAUUGGAUACUAUAGAAAGUACAGCAACUACAUGUACUACUGCUAUAACAGCUUCUAUUAUUGCAAUAGUAGUCAUAGUUUUAAUUAUGGUGAUAAUAUAUAAGAUUUUACGUUAUCGACGAAAAAAAAAAAUGAAGAAAAAACUGCAAUACAUAAAACUAUUAGAAGAAUAG